CUUCAUUUUCUUCUCUCUUCCUUCGUACGCACCUCGUCCACUACCCAACCCUUCAUUUUUCUCUCUCCUCCUUCGUACACCGUCCUAGGCGGAAAUCCGAAACCUGUCGAAGAUGUUGAGGGUGGCGGCAAGGCGCCUCUCUUCUCUCUCCUCUUCUUCAUGGCGACCCGCCGCCUCCUCUUCUGUCGUCUCCAAAUCCCCUCUGUCUCGCGACGACCAGGAGUCCAGAUCUACCCCCUUGUUCUUACCCCAUUUUUACACUCACCUUCGAGACUCCAUAAGUAGCUGGAAAAGCGGCCUAGUGGGAGCAAGGAUACAUACAACUGCCACCAAAGAAGCUGGGAAUUUUGGGACGUCAAGUCACAUGAACUUUGUCAAGAACGUCUUACAGGAAGAUAUGAGAGAAUCUCCAGGACUACGCCAAGACAACGCUGCAGAAAAGUUGGAUAUUGUACACAUUAAGUUGAUCAAGAACAAUACUUUUGUCUCCAUUACCGACUCCAAGGGGAACAAAAAGGUUGGAGCAUCUUCAGGAUGCCUGGAAGAAAUGAAAGGUGGUCCAAAGCUUUCCCGAUAUGCUGCGGAAGCAACAGCAGAACAUGUGGGAAGACUUGCAAGAAAUCUUGGCUUGAAAUCAAUUGUCAUGAGAGUAAAUGGGUUCACUCACUUCAAGAAAAAGAAGCAAGCAAUUCUUAGCUGGAGAGAAGGCUACACCUUUGGUAAAGGAGAUCAUACUCCUAUUGCAUAUAUUGAAGAUACCACUCGGCGUCCACACAAUGGAUGCCGACUUCCAAAGAAGCGUCGUGUCUAAGUGGUUUUGGGGUGGAUCUUCUAUGACUAACGAGAAAAAUGAAACACAUUUUGGAUCAUUUAGGCAUUUUAUUUGUAUUUUAUUGAUGUUUAAAGCCCUUAAAUUAGAGUCCAUCUAAUUUAGUUAGAUUCCAAUGUUGAAAGUACUUUUAGUCGUAAGCCUAAUGAACAUACUCUUGUGUUUCUUUUAAACUCUUUCAUAACAUCAAAAUGUUGUGCAACAAGAAAUUUAAUGUUGUCAUAAAUGAUAGGCAUAAUUGCACUCA